AUGAUCUCACUCCAACUUCCUGCGUGUGUACUCGUCUAGGAGAAACAAACGGCGAUACUGUAUACUGUCUGACUGACUGACUGACCAGAGAAGAGGGCGAAGGGGAAAAAAAAAGCUGCCGUCACACGUUCCCCUUCAUCCGUUUUUAUUUGAAUGACAUAUUGUAGAAAACAAAAGGAUUACACGAGGCAUGUUGACAGUAAUCUUAAUCGUUGCAUGCAGUAGCCUAGCGUAACUGCCCGGAUUGCUCUAAAAUGCCAUCAACAAUGCAGCACGCGAUCGUUUUAUUGAUGGACAGAACAUCUGCUAAUGUUUUAUAAAGCCACGACGAACGCCUGUAGCAGCAGCAGCUUUGCCCAUUGCUCAUAGACUACAGCUCUCAUCUCAAAGGAAUAGCAGAUGUGCUACUAUGGUACCAGACAGGUGUGACACUCUACAGUGACGAGAUUCUCAGACACACACGGAUGUCUGCCUGCUCCGGAACCUUCCCCUUGAUGAGAGAAGCCGGUCUGACACCAGGCACAUGGUCAGCAUGCAGGCCGGCCCUCGUCUGUCCGCUCUCUUGAAAGCUGCUCUUCAAUGAUAAUGCUGGAGACGGCGGCCAUUUUAAACAGGUGAAGAGAGGUCUGUAUGAAAGGUACAGGUCACUGACCGUGCCACCAAUGCUACUGUAACCCCAAGACACAACCAGGCAGAAUGGCAUCAGGGAUUGUGUUACAAGAGUAUGAGGAGCCUUGAUCAGACAGCCUUUCACCACUGCACCACCACGACACAAAAUAACUUAGAAAAGAUUAGUGUUAGUUAGUGUACAGUAAGUGAUGGAUUUGGAGUUGGCGUUGGAUGCACUUUGACCCACAGAAUCCCAUCAGUACCCUUUGGUUCUGUGGUCUGGGACUCCAGGUGUGUGCCUAGCCUAGCCUGGCCUAGCCGCACCUCGCCUUGUGGCCAUGCGGGUGAGCUUCUGCCAGGCCCUGUUGGCGGGCGCCAUCGUGAUCAACCUGCUCAUCCUCUACUACGUGUCGCGCGCCCAGCAGCAGAUGAUGGAGCGCCGCCAGGAGCAGACCAAGGGCUCCAAGAAGACUGGCCUGUCCGGCGCCGGAGGUCUCGGGGCUGGGGUGGGACCGGCAGCAGUGGGGCUGGGAGGUGGCGGUGGGGUGGCUGGGGCGAAGUCGGACCUGAGCGGGCGCAACGGAGGCGGGGGCAGCCCGCGUGUGACGGUGCUGGUGCGGGAGUUCGAGGACUUUGAGAACUAUGUGGGCGAGGUGGCGCGCUCGUUUUUGCGCCAGCGGCCAGACCUGCCCUUCCUGGCGGUUGCGGACACGCCGCCCUACCCGCCCCUGGCGCUGCCCGAGGGAGGGGCCGCCAGGCUCCUGGUCCUGGCCCCCAGCCCUGAGUUGCCCCCUCAGGCCAACCGGCCAGAGUUCCACGUGCAGACGGAGUUUGUGCUGCUGGUGCCGGACGGGGUGGAGCUGGAGCACGGGAGACAGGUGGAGCACCUGAUCCGUGAGCUGGAGGGUGAGGGUGGGGGUACGGUGCGUCUGGUGGCGGCCCCCGUGCUGUCGCGCUCGGCCGUCCAGUGCCUGCACCUGCGCGUCAGCAUGCGCGAGUGGACGGCCACAUACUCGCCGGCCGCCUCGGGCAGCAGCGGCAGCGUGUGCACGGCGCUGUCCGGCGACGCCGUGGUCCUUCUGCGCGCCGAGGACCUCUUCAACCUGUCCACGCCGCUCGGGCGGCCGCUGCUGACCUCGCUGUUCGUGCAGACGGCGCUGCGUGGCUGGCGCGUCAAGCUCCUGGAGGCACCGUGCUUCGCCGCCGGCCGACGGCCGCUCUUCGGCUCGGCGCACAGCCAGUGGAAAGCCGAGGCAGCGGAAGGAAGGAAGGCGGUGCUGUGAGUUAACGGUGCCGGCCUCCGGUUGCUGCUGCCCGACGGCCGCGCCGAGCAGUGGUUCGGCUCGCGGCAAAGGAACGCCAGCUGCUUCGACGCGGUCUUACGACCGCCCGACUACCUGUACCUGGAGCGCUGGACGCCCCCCUGCUGCCUGCGCGCGCUCCGCGAGACCACCAAGCACGUCAUCGGCGUGCUGGAAGGCGCCGGCGUGCGCUACUGGCUAGAAGGGGGCAGCCUUCUCGGGGCGGCCCGCCACCAGGACAUCAUCCCCUGGGACUACGACGUGGACCUGGGCAUCUACCUGGAGGACGUGCCCAACUGCGAGCAGCUGCGAGGGCUGGACUCGGGCUCGCUGGUGGACGCCAAAGGCUACGUGUGGGAGCGGGCGGUGGAGGGCGACUUCUACCGCGUCCAGUACAGCGAGGUCAACCACCUGCACGUGGACCUGUGGCCGUUCUACACGCGCAACGGCGUCAUGACCAAAGACACGUGGACGGAGCACAAGCAGGACGUGGAGUUCCCCGAGCACUUCCUGCAGCCGCUGGUGCCCAUGCCCUUCGCCGGCAUCACCGCCUACGCGCCCAACAACCACCGCGCCUUCCUCGAGCUCAAGUUUGGGCAGGGCGUCAUCGAGAACCCGCAGUACCCCAACCCUGCCAAGAAGAGACUGGACCGCAGCCGCCUCUGAGACGGUUGGGGGGUUGGGGGGGGGGGGCAAAGGCACGAGGGUGAGAAGGGGUAUCAUGGUACAGUAUGCCAGAACCAGCUUGUCCAUUGCAGCCUCAACACAUUGGGAACUUGUUGAGGAUAUUCGGUGAGAAAGAUCGCAAACUUUUAAAUACUUGAGGAUGAAAGAUUGAGGUUAAUUGGGGUUUGGUUUGGCGUGUGCGUGCGUGUGUGUGUGUGUGUGUGUGUGCUUGCUUGUGUGUGUGUGUGCGGGCUUGUGUGUGUGUGAACCCUUGAAGACACUAAAAGGCAGCUGUAAAGCUGUAAUUAUGCUUUACUGGACAUGGUCAGAUCAAGGUGCUGUGUGGUGCGCUAAUUACAGUUGAUAAUACUGCGAUUACUGAAACACUAACAGUGCUGCCAUUAUAGACUAUAAUUUGGUAAGAGAUGUCUUCCUAGUCAGGCUCUUCAGAUACAAUGCCAACGAUAGACUGCAAGGGAACUAGGAAGGGAAUGGAGAAUCCUUCAUGUCUCGGGACUGCCAUGUGAUCAUUUCGAUAAAGCCAGUCCCACCACACACUACUAAGUAGACACACUAAUGUACAAACACAAAUGUUUAAUUUCCUUGUAAGCCCAGUCCAGACCACCACGAGAAAACGAUAUAAGAAACAAAGGCAUUGGAACUUGCUUUGUGAAGGUAGCAGAAUUGUUUUUUUCAGCCCCAAAUAGCUCAAUGUGCAGUGGUCCAUAGAUGAAUCGGGACCAGGUUCAUUUCAUAAGGCUUCACACAGUUCAGUUUUCUCCUUUUUUGAGUGUUUUAUUUCCACUUUUUGAGAGGAAGAGAACCUCAGGAAAACCUGGGAUGGUUGAAACGUUUGAACGUCAAUAAAAAAAUAAAAAAAAUCACUGAAGGAGAAAACUUUGGUCAUUGGUUUUUGGAUUUCCCUUGGCCUGCGCCUGCACAUUUACCUGUACUACUGAUUGAUCGAGUGAGUGGGUGGGUGAGUGAAUGGAUACAUGUUGCACAGAUUCACUUUAACAAACUUCACUGAAGUUUGCACUGAUUCAUUGUGUUCAUAUGCUACUGUUUGUUUGCGUUAUUGUUUACCAGGACACUAUUUGAUCGUUUCAUUUUACAUUUCUCUGUGUGGUUCUCCCCCCAGUAGUGGGUCUCCAUGUGGUGAUGAACUCUUGCAGGUAUCCCAAUGGAACUGAAAAGUUACACAACACUGAACAAAGACUACCUUCAACACCUUUAAGCAUCACACACCCACACACACACACAGAUAUAAAUGUGCAUUUUUUGAGGAAGACACCAGGCUAUGUGAGAUUCAGUACCUACUGUAGCUAAAUGUAUACGGUAAUGUUUUAAGAAGCAAUUUGUGGCAUAUGACAUCUGUUAUCUGUUACACAGUUUACACACACAUACACUCACUCUCACAUCACACUCCACUUUACAGGGCUGACUCAUUACACCCCAAAUAAAAUUAUCUUAUGACUCCA